AGCGUGUUGUGCUUCAAAAAGACUCGCCUCUUCUUCAGCCUCGCAUUUCCAUUGACUGAGUUGACAAAGCGAUCUCUCUCUCGUCUGUCCCAAUUCGAUGGAAAAAUUUGCGCGCUAUUUUUAACAAAAUAAUUUUACUGCGUCUCGCAGAUACUGGACUUAAAUUAUCAUUAAAAUUUAAAUAAGCAUGCAAGCGACGAUGUUACCCUUUUCUUACUCUUUGUCGUAUCAUCCAUUUGCAGACGUAACUGGAACGGAUUCCGUUACAUCUUCCUCCCCAUCCGGUACACCAAGUCCGCCGAUGAUGAAUUUUGUCAACAGAUGCUAUGAUACCAUGUUUACAAGCCGCUUAGCAAACAAUGCGAGAACCACUUUCACCGGCUUAGCGUACCAACAAAAAGGGUAUCCGCAACCGGAAAGGAACAUUUCUCGUUCAUCAGCGAGGAUGAAGUCCUUCACCAUUGAAGCAAUCUUGGGGCUUGAUGAUAAUAGCAGCGAUAGAGCAGAUGAGUAUGGGACUGACUUUGCCUCGGGUGCUUGCCGCGACAGUCAACUAUUAUCGCCGAAGCCGUACGUUGUUCCGACGGCAACAUCGAGAUCAUCCCUUACUGCUCUCUUUCCAUCGCCGACGGAGUCAUGCGGAGGAAAAAAGGAAAGAGAAAACAAGUCGAGAUUAUACCAUUCAGCAGCGAAUACUACAGCAGAUGCCGAAAGCAGAUUCAUCUUGCCGUCCAGUACGAACAAUGUGCCAUCCAGUCCUCCGGAAAAAUCUACGAACUUAGGCUGUACGAACAGCCAGAAGCCCAUUUCUCACAGUGGCAAAAUGAAACGAAUUAGAACGAUUUUCAGUCCCGAACAACUAGAACGACUUGAAUCGGAAUUUGAACGUCAGCAAUACAUGGUAGGGCCAGAAAGACUGUACUUGGCAUCAACAUUGAACCUCACAGAAGCCCAAGUAAAAGUGUGGUUCCAAAAUCGACGAAUAAAGCACAGAAAACAACAUAUAGAAAUGCAACAAGCCAGACUGGCUCAGCUCAGAGAAGCUGAGAAAGCUGAGAGUGAUGGAGAACAAGAUCAAGCUAAUUUAAUUAAAGACGUUUCUCCAGGCAGCUGGAAUAACGUUAUGGAUGAUAGGCAUUGUUAAAAUUUAAAUAAUACAACUACCACAAUAGGCUAGAAAUUUUGAAUCACUACUGAUUUGAAACUAGCUUUAGAAAUCUUUUCUUAAAAGUCGCAUUCGAGAACGAUAAAGACAAAUAUCCGAAUUAUUCUCUCAGGGUACUCAAGGAUAUAAAUGUGUUAAAGAAAACAAAGUUACUUAAAUUACCAAAAGAAUGUAUCCCUUUUUUAGUUGGCCAAAUUAAAGUGCAAUUUCUACCAAAUAUAUGUUCCGCUCCAUAAACACUGUUAAUUGUGAUGACUUAGCGUAUAUUAUCACUUAUAAAUAGUGUUAAAACCUGAAUUAAAUAAGUCCAGUAUAGGUCACAGAUCGCGAUUACUUACUUUUUAUUUGCAAUACUAAUUACGAGUGGUUAUAGAAUGGUGUGAUUUUUUUUAUCCUAAUUAAAAAAAAUACCACGAGAAAAAGAUGGCUAUGUUUGGCAAUUAGAGGAAAUGCUGUGGCAAGUCAAUGAAAAGAGUACCUAAUUCAGGAUAGCAUAUAUUGAUAAAAAACUCUAUUAAGACUGACAUAACAGUAUCAUACUAAAUUGCGCUUUCCUUGAUAGGUAAGGGUAAAAUUAUAAAUUCAAGAAGAGGAGAAGGACCAUUUAUUUCUUCACCAAACAUUUUACACUUAAUUUGGAACAGGCAUAGGUAACCAUACCUCUUAAUGAAGUUUCGAAGGGCAGGAUGGGGAAAAGCUAAUUAUGCUAUGGAGAAAUCUUGAUCUAGAGAAACAGAAGUAAACACAAUUAUUUUUAUAGCUUUAUCAAACAGAAGCUAAAUUAUUAUUAGCUAUAUUAAUAAAAAUUUCAAUAUUAUGCUUAGUCAAAAAGAAUUCAUCAUGUAUAAAAAAUCAAACAUUGUUCCAAAGAAUAUUUUUUAAAAUUCGAAAAGAGAUCAUUUGAAUUACACACCUUUGAGAAACGAACAUGUGCAGUGUAUAGUACUUUGAUAAAAAAAAGAGUUUUGGAAACGUGAGGAAAUAAUUCUAUUAUCAAGCAUAUAAACUAAUGUGAAAAAUCCUUCAGAUAUUGUACUAUUAAUUUACCACUUUCCGAAUUAUCAAUUAUUAUAAGAGUUGACAAAUAUUAAACUAUUCAUGUAUUGUUAGUUCAUUAGAUGGAUUAAUGAAGCAUAAAUGAUAAAUUAAAGAAUAUUUUAAAUUUAAUGUCAAUUUGUAUGUACUAUUAAAUGAACAUGAGAAUUAUUCAAUUAAAAUAAUGCGCCAAAAAUGUUUCUUGCACAUAUUUGUACAGAGCUAAAGGAAAUCGAAGUUUGAAAAUGUUUAAUGCUUAUAUUUCUUUACAGGUAGACUUGUAAAUAUUUUGACUUAAGUUUCAAAGUUUGCCAAUUAACGAUGGUUCAGGUGAAUAAAAAUUAUUCUUUGCUGUA